UUUGCAUAUAUAAAAGAAUGUCCAUAGGAGUAGAAGAACACAACACUAUAGCCGCGCACUCUCUUCCUCAUACUCAAACCGUUCAAUCAUCAGAAUGAGCAUAGCGGUGGUGAACAGCUUCACCAUAAUGGAAUUCGUAAAUGAGAAGGCCAAGUUUGACAAUUUCGUGGACGAGUGGUUUGCGACGGUGGACGAGAAUGGCGACGGGAAGCUUUCGUGCGAGGAAAUCCGCAGCGGGUUCGGGUUGCUUCUGCCGUUUGGUUCUGAUCCUCCGGCACGGCAAGAGAACGAAGAGAUAUUCAAGAGGUUUGAUGAAGAUGGGAAUGGCGCACUGGAUCGGAAGGAGUUCAAGUCGUUGAUGACAGAGAUUAUGAAUGCUGUGGCUCGUGGCAUCGGUGGCUCUCCCAUCAUUGUUGCUCUUGGAAAAGAUAGCUUCCUCACGAAGCCUGUUCAGCAUGAAUUGGCCACAUUAUCUUCUUCUUCUUAGUCCUUUUUAUAUUCUUUCUUUACUUAUUCCUAUUCUUUUUCUUAUAUUCUUCUUUAACUUAGACAUUUUCUUACCUUUAUUUCACUAUUUUUCAUCAGGAUAUCUAAUUAUAAAACAUUUCAUUUUUUCCUCCUUUUGA